CAACACAAGAAACAAAAGCACAGCUAUGGAGUCAUUCAAGAUAGUAGCUGCCGAAGAAGAACCAGUGCCUGUGCCUGUGAGCCCUAUUGCGCAAUAUUUCAAUAGCUCAGUGUUGUCCAUUGUCGUUAUUGGUGUUCUGGAAACAGAAGUGCCCAUUGAUGACUCCCAAACUAUCCCAUUGCUCAAAAAUAUGCUCCUCCCCAUUAACCCGCGCUUUUCGUCCAUCAUGGUUGACAAAAAUGGAGUUAAACAAUGGAAGAAGGUUGAAGUGCAGCUGAAAGACCACGUAAAAGAUCCUAUUUUCCCAGCAGAAAAGACACCAGAAUUUUACGAAAAAUGCCAGCAUGACUAUAUCUCAAAAAUAGGCAUAGAACCGCUUUCACAGCACCGACCUUUAUGGGAAAUUCACCUCUUUAAAUACCCAACAUGCAAUGCAGCUGGUACUAUAAUGUUCAAGCUUCACCAUGCACUUGGCGAUGGCUUCUCUUUGAUGGGAGCUCUUUUUUCAUGUCUCCAAAGAGCCGACGAUCCUUCUCUUCCAGUGACAUUUCCUUCUGUCACAACGCAACCAAUAAUUUCGAGCAAAAAUGGCGACAAUGGCUUAAUCAGGAAUGUGCCUAAAAUUGUGUCUUCAAUAUUUAAUUCUACUACAGAUUUUUGUCGGAGCCUGAAGAGCAGUCUGGUUAAAGAUCGACAAACGCCUAUACGAUCAGGCAGCAUCGGAGUGGGGUAUGGACCAGUGAGCAUAUCAACAAUAAUAUUCUCUCUUUAUCAAAUCAAGCAAAUUAAGACAAAGCUUGGAGUGUCGGUAAACGAUGUUAUUACUGGAGUAAUCUUCUUGGGGACUCGGUUAUACAUGCAAUCGGUUAGCCAGGAGUCAAGUAAUAUGGAUUCUACAGCAGUUUUGAUGCUAAACAUCAGGAUGUUAAGGAGUUACAGUUCAGUGAAGGAGAUGCUUAAACCUGACUCCAAAUCACCAUGGGGAAACCAUUUUGCAACUUUGCAAAUGCCGAUACCCAAGUUAACUGAUGCUGAGCUUUCAAAUCCCCUGGAAUUCAUCAAGAAAGCACAUGAAAUAAUCAAGGGUAAGCGGAGUUCAUUCGGUGUUUACCUCACUGCUAGGCUCCUGGACAUGGUGAAGAAAUUUAGAGGCCCUGAGGCAGCAGCUAAAUAUGUCUAUCGCACACUCAACAACUCGAGCAUGGCAAUCACAAAUAUGAUAGGGCCCGUCGAGAAAACGGCUUUGGCCAACCAUCCAAUUAACGGCUUGUACUUUAUGGUGUUCGGCUCACCACAGAGUCUUGUAAUAACGUUGGUGAGCUACAUGGGGCAGCUGAGGAUUGCUAUAGGAUCAGAAGAUGGGUUCAUAGAUUCCCAAAAGCUGAAGUCAUGCAUGGAGAAUGCCUUCGACAUGAUACUCAAAGGUCAAAGCUGUUUGAGCUGA